AUGGCGGACAGCGGCCCCGCGGGGGGCCCAGCGUUGACUGACCCGGGCCCCGGGUCAGACAAUGCCAACACAGGGCCCCGAGUCUACUUCCAGAGUCCCCCUAGCACCCCAGGUGAAACCCCCGGCCCGGGGAACACCCCGGAGGAAGAAGGCCCUGUGAGAAAGCCGGGGAAGAUCGUUGUCAAGUACAACCGCAAGGAGCUCCGGAAGCGCCUCAACCUGGACGAGUGGAUCUUAGAACAGCUCCCGGGUCUCUACGACUGCAAGGAAGAGGAAAUCCCAGAGCUCGAGAUAGAUGUGGACGAACUCUUAGACAUGGAAAGCGACGAUACCCGGGCUGCUAGAGUCAAGGAGCUGUUAGUUGACUGUUGCAAACCCACCGAGGCCUUCAUUAAUGAUCUGCUAGACAAGAUCCGGGGCAUGCAGAAGCUGACCAUACCCCUGAAGAACUAA